CUCUGGUAAUGGCUUCCUCUUUUUUUCUUUCUUUUAAUUGUGAGACGGAGUCUCACUAUGUAGGUCUGGCUGUCCAGAAACUCACUAUGUAGACCAGGCUGGAUUCCAACUCAAGAGAUCUGUCUGUCUCUGCCUCCCAGGUACUAGGAUUAAAGGCCUGAGCCACGACACCUGGCCUGCUUGCUUGCUCUUCCUUUUCUUUUCUUUUUUAAAGAUUUAUUUAUUUAUUACAUAUAAUGUACAAUGUAGCUGUCUUCAGACACACCAGAAGAGGGCAUCAGAUCUCAUUACAGAUGGUUGUGAGCCACCAUGUGGUUGCUGGGAUUUGAACUCAGGACCUCUGGAAGAGCAGUCAGUGCUCUUAACCACUGAACCAUCUCUCCAGCCUUUAUUUUUUUCCUUUCUUUUCCUUUCUCUCUCUCUUUUCUUUUCCUUUCCUUUCCUUUCCUUUCCUUUCCUUUCCUUUCCUUUCCUCUCUCUCUCCCCCCCUCCCUCCCUCCCUCUCUUUCUUUCUGUUUUUCAAGACAGGGUUCCUCUAUGUAGUGCUGGCUGUCAUGGAACUUGCUUUGUAGACAAAGCUGGCCUCGAACUCAGAGAUCUGUCUGCCUUUGAGUGCUGGGAUUAAAGGAGUACGCACCACCACCUGGCCUUCUUUCUUUAUAAGCAUACCAAGGCCACCCUAACUGGUGAUGUGCCUGGGAUCUUACAACCCCACAGUACAAUUCUGUCCUCAAAGAUAAGGGUGAUGGAGACGCUGCUGGAUUGGGCCUUCCCAUAUUCUCUAGGGCUUGGCUUUCUGCUUCUGUGGAUCCAGAGUUAAGGACUCUUGAGGUAGGAGCUGAGGAGUGGCCUGGACUCUGGAGUAAUGGGGUUGGCAGGAUAAGCAAGAAAUAAUGAGGGAACUGGAGAGGGUGCUGUAUUCUGGUAACUGUGGCUCUUUUGCUGAGCUUUCAGGUACUGGGCCAGGCUGGGAAGGAAAUUUCUAAAUUCCUUAACACAUACCCCUCCCCCAAGAUAGCAUCUCACUACCAUCUCCUGGCUGGCCUGGAACUUGCUAUGUAGAACACGCUGGCCUUGAACUCACAGAGGUCCCCCUGCCUCUGCUAGAAUUAGAGGCAUGAAGUACCAAAUUCUUGGCCAACAGGGCCUGUCCUGGGCUGGAACUCUUGGGUUUCCUGAUUGUAGCUGACAUCAGUGUUUGCAUCCCUCUACUUCACAUCUGAUCCUGAGGCCAUAAGAGUACGGUGUGGAUUCUGGGUUCCUGGGUGCUUCCUUCACUUCUCUGCCCAGUGGCUAUGUGCUGGGAUGGGAGGUGUUUUCUUAGGGUGAAUGGAGGGAAGAGGCUAGACAUGGAGACCUGGUUAUGGGGUGGGGCUUCCUGAGAUGCACGCUGAGCAAUUCUUUCCAUUCUGGUCUGGGCAUCAGUUUCUGGCAUUCAGGUAGGCAAAGCUGCCUGGACUGCUCUUUUCUGUCCUUCCCUCCAGACACACCCUCUUGCUUGUAACCCCAGUAGCUCAGUCUUCUAGCUACAGAUUCCAGACAUUUUAUAUGCCACAGGAGAGCUGGAGCCAGAGUCUAACCUCCUCAGCAAGCCAGGUACAGAGCCGGUCCCUGAGACAACCAGGAUGUAGUAGGGAACAGCCUCCCCAGAUUCUACACUGAAAACCUUGGCCACCCACAAAUCCUGCUGUCUGGGCCUAGUACACACUGCUGCCGCCACUGUGACUGAGUCAGGGAGAGCCUUGGGUUUUCUCUGAUGUGUAUGGAUUACCUGAGAAAAAAGUACAAGUCUAGGCAUGGAACUACGAGGAUGGGGCAGUCUGGACACUGAUCACAAGCUGGUGUUUGCUCAGAGACACUGGAUGCCUUCUCAACUUAGGAAAAUGCUCAGUUCUUUGUGGUCCCUGGAGCCUGUGAAGCCCUCACAGCCUUGGGUGCAGAAGACCCGACUCCGCCUUAUCUGUACUCUGUCUCCAGGUCUCUUUUCUGCCCUUGUCCCUCUUCCUACUUCUUUCCUUCUCUAGUCCCCAUGCCUCAGGCUGGCUAAAGAAUGACUGACCACUUCCUUUAGGGCAAUGCUAGCCCCAGACCUCAGCCCUAGUGGAAGGCUUGGUGGAAGGGUCCUCAUGGAGGCCAUGCAGGAGCUGGGGCCUGCUUAAAAGCCACAUUGGGGGCUCUGGGUUCCAGAGGUUCUUGUUGGUCUGACAGGUAUUGUCCAUGCUGUGGCUUAGUGGUGAGUGAGGCAGAGGCUGGCAACUUUCUGGCUGGUACAAAACAAGAGUUUUACUCUCUUGCACCCAGGGUCAGACAGCCAGGAUUGUGUUGUAGCCUAGGAUCAACUUGUCUCAAGUGGGUGGGUGUCUCUGACAUUUUGAGUCUCCGUGUGCUGAUGGAUGGGAUCGGAGUGCACUGUGGAGGGCUGAAUUGUUAGGGAUCCAAUUCUGUGUAAUCCUGCUAUUACCACUGGAGGAUCUGAGCCAAAGCCAUGGGAAAUGGCUGAGAAAUCGGAAACAGAUAGACUAUCCAAAUAAGGACUCAAAAAGGACAUCAGAGUCAGCCUGGGGGUAAGCCUUGACUUCGUUAUACCCUGGUGAGGUAUCCCUGGCCAACUUUCUUCACUUCCCUAAAUCUCGGUGUCUCUGUAAUAGCAAUGUUCCCCUGCUGGCAUGCUCUACGGAGGUAGUGAAGUCACAACUGAAAACAGAGUAUCCCUGGCUAGGCUGGGCACUGUUCUAAGAGCUCAGGCCUCUCUUUCCUUUUCUUUUUAAAUUAAUUUAUUUUUAUUUUAUGUGCAUUGGUGUUCUGCCUGCCUGUAUGUCUGUGUGAGGGUGCCAGAUCUCCUGGUGUAACUGGUAUUACAUACAGUUGUAAGCUGCCAUGUGAAUGCUGGGACUUGAACCCAGGUCCUCUGGAAGAGCAUCCAGUGCUCUUAGCUGCUGAGCCAUCUCUCCAGCCCGCUGUGUAUAUUCUCCCUUAAUUUUUACGGUUCCUUGGGAGGCACUGUUAACUGGUGUUGAACGUCUUCCAGGUGAGGACCCUGGUUCAAAAGGGCAGGUGGUGGAGGACUCAGAGAACUAUGCUGGGAUCAGGCAGGUUCACUGGCAAAUUCCUCUGACUACCAGCAUGACUGGGCAGGGACAGGGAGUACUGGAGGGAGGCCCAUGAGUCAGCAGCUGAGCUACCCUAGACCCUGGAGCCCCAUCCCAGGUAGUGAGUCACUGUGGCCUCUCACUUGGGAAGAGGGAGGGGCCCCUGCAUGCUGAACAAAAGGCAGAGGCCCUGCGUGGUCAGUUUCCCAGGGUCACAGUCAGCUGUUAGAGCCAUCAUUGAGCCCUGAGAUCACUCAACUACCCCAUUUCACACAAACCUUGUGAGAGUGAAGGGCCAGGUCAUUGUGACAUCAUGGCUUGGGACUCUGACAACAGGGCUUUUCCUGGCAGUGCCUUUUAGGACUGUUUAACCAUCAGCCUGCACCACCAUCCCAAUGGAGGAUGUCAGAUAGAUCUAGAUUACUGAAAUAAGGGCUAUAAUGAAAUGACAGGCACCUCUAUACCAAAGACUCAGGACUCUCCAAACCAGUUCCAGUGGCUGAUCUUAGACUCUCCACUCCGAGUGUCAUUUACCCUGCUGCUUUGCCCCCUCCUCCCCCAGUGCCUGACUCCCAUGCUUCCCUGCCCGGCUCACUUCUCACACCCUUACUGUCUAGAAGGGCUUUCUUUUCUCUGGGGAGAUGAAGAACAGCUUUCCUCAGUGUGACCUUCUCAGAGACCUGGCCUGUUACUCGAUCUUGACUGAUUUCCCUCUGAAUAAAUCCUGUUGAGAGGAGAUGUGAACGUCCUCUAUUUGAUCUCUGAGCUGCACUGGGUGCCCUGGAAAGAGAAGCUGGGACUCUCCUCCUUCCAGCAGCAGCUCUGAAGGUGCGGCUGACCUGGAUCUGCGAGUCUUUCCUGUAGAGCAGGGGUCCCAGAAGCUAGGGUUUCCCCUCAGCCCUUGAGUGGCCAUGUCCAAUCCCACUGCCCCACCUCCCUAUGAGGACCACAACCCCCUGUACCCUGGCCGUCCACCUCCUGGGGGCUACGGACAGCCGUCUGUCCUGCCUGGUGGUUACCCUGCCUACCCCGCCUACCCUCAACCUGGUUACGGGCACCCUGCUGGCUACCCACAGCCGAUUCCUCCUGUCCAUCCAAUGCCCAUGAACUACGGCCAUGACUAUAGUGAGGAGGAGAGAGCAGGAAGUGACAGCUUUGGUCCUGGAGAAUGGGAUGACCGGAAAGUCCGACAUACCUUCAUCCAAAAGGUGUACUGCAUCAUUUCUGUCCAGCUGCUCAUCACUGUGGCCAUCAUUGCUGUCUUCACCUUUGUGGAACCAGUCAGUGAAUAUGUGAGGAGCAAUGUGGCGGUGUACUACGUGUCCUAUGCUGUCUUCAUUGUCACCUACCUGAUCCUUGUCUGCUGCCAGGGACCCAGACGCCGAUUCCCAUGGAACAUUAUCCUGCUAACCAUCUUUACUUUGGCUUUGGGCUUUAUGACAGGCGCUAUUUCCAGUAUGUAUGAAACCAAAGCUGUCAUCAUUGCUAUGAUCAUCACUGCCGUGGUAUCCAUUUCUGUCACCAUCUUCUGCUUUCAGACUAAGGUGGACUUCACCUCAUGUACAGGCCUCAUCUGUGUGCUGGGAAUAGUGUUGGCAGUAACCGGUGCUGUCACAAGCGUAGUGCUGUUUUUUGAAUAUAUUUACUGGCUCCACAUGGUCUACGCAGGUCUGGGGGCCAUCUGUUUCACCCUGUUCCUGGCUUAUGACACGCAGCUGGUCCUGGGGAACCGGAAGCAUACCAUCAGCCCAGAGGACUACAUCACAGGCGCCCUGCAGAUCUACACAGAUAUAGUCUACAUCUUCACCUUUGUGCUCCAGCUUGUAGGAAAUCGAGACUGAGACAGAGAGGGAGAGAGAUGUCCCUUUCACUGGCCUGGGACUCACAUUGUCUCCCCUCAAGUAAUCUGCUCAGUUUCCUCUCCGUCCUGGGGAUGGGAGGGUCUCUGGCUGUGUUCUGUGAGAGCCAUGAGUGCUGGGGUUACUGGCACCUCUUGCCCUUGGUGGGCUUGAUAAGAACUAGAUUGAAGGUGUUUCUCCUUCCCUUCACCCACAAUGAGUAUGCACCAAACUUUUCAUGUGUGUGUGUGUGUGGAGGGGGAGUAGGGAGCCGGUGAACACAGGAGCUCUGAGGUGAAGAGGGUCCUCUCCCACCUCGGCCACAGGGUUCUAGGCUAGGAGCUGGAGCUGUUUCCCUCCUGGAUCCAAUAAAGCCAGAUGCUUCACCUCUAGCUCCAGUGCUCAUAGGCCACUUAUGCUGUCUGAACUCUUUAGGCUUGGCAUCUCUUAGCUUUAGAAGCUAGAAGAGAUCUGUGCCCUGGGGUCUCUCUGUUCCAACCCCAUCUUCCAGUAACACGUAUCCAUUAUUUAUCUGGGCUAGGGGAAAAGACAGUGAGCAAAGACAGUAUGGGGGGAGAGUAGCACAGAAUGGUGUCCCCCUGACUGGCACCCAUCUUGGCUACCAUCCAGGUCCAAAGUGCUUGAGGCCUUCUGAGGCUUUUAAAAUCUGACCUAGAGGGACCUCCUACUUUGCUUUGACACACAGAGGUGGAGGUCAGCAAGUAAGGUGGAUUGUGGGAUGAGUGGGGACAGGGAAAGUGCCUUGGGUGCCCCUCUGGUUUGAGAAACUGAAACGUACUCUGGUAUGUAGCAACCUUCCUCCCCAACACAAGUUCAAUCUGUUCUGUGUUCCUACUGGGAGAUUUUAGACUAAAACCCCUCUUCAAGCCAGCUGCUGUUUCUCUGUAAUCCAAGUGCCUCCAACUGGCACCAUGGUGGGGAUAGAAGCCAGUUUAUCAGGUGGAGUAGAAACCUUAUUAGCCCAAGGACAUAGUUCAGAGCUAUUCUGUCCAGUACUUGAUUCUGAAUCUAAUACAAAGGGACGCAACUAGAAAUAUAAUAAAGUUCUAUGUUUGGCAAGAA